CUCGCCGCGCCCUGGCCUAAGCCUGCCUGUGUUACAGAAAAAAAAAAAAAAAAAAAAAAAAAAGCAGCAUACACACACAAGAGGAAGGAGAGAGCAGAGGAGCAGCAGCAGUGACGCGGCGGAGGUGUAGUUUGACGCGGUGUGUUACGUGGUGGGGAAGAGAAUAAAAAAGCCCAGCGAGAUCCCAGCCGCGAACGAAAGCAGUGACGGAGGAGAGGCAGUGUAACCCGAUUACUGAACUAAUAUGAAAUUCAAAAGGUUAAUUCACCAUGCUUGCAUCUCCACAAUGCCUACAAUUGGAAAUAGAAAACUCCAGCUUUUUCCAUCAUUGCUGCAACUAAAUGACCAUGGAAUCUGGUGCAGAGACUCAGCAGAGUGGAGAUGCAGCUGUCACAGAGGCUGAAGCUCAGCAGAUGACAAUACAAACACAGCCACAGAUUGCAACGUUAGCGCAGGUGUCAAUGGCAGCAGCACAUGCAACGUCGUCGGCCCCCACAGUGACAUUAGUCCAGCUUCCAAAUGGACAGACAGUUCAAGUACAUGGGGUUAUACAAGCGGCACAGCCAUCUGUUAUACAGUCACCCCAAGUUCAGACAGUGCAAAUUUCCACUAUUGCAGAAAGUGAAGAUUCCCAAGAAUCUGUAGACAGCGUUACAGACUCACAGAAACGCAGAGAAAUCUUAUCCAGGCGGCCAUCCUACAGAAAAAUUUUAAAUGAUUUAUCAUCGGAUGCCCCAGGAGUACCUAGAAUUGAAGAAGAAAAAUCGGAAGAGGAGACGUCUGCUCCUGCCAUCACUACAGUAACUGUUCCUACACCAAUAUACCAGACCAGCAGUGGACAGUAUAUUGCAAUCACUCAAGGAGGAGCAAUACAGCUUGCUAACAAUGGUACAGAUGGUGUUCAAGGACUUCAGACAUUAACUAUGGCCAAUACAGCAGCUACACAGCCUGGAACCACAAUAUUACAGUAUGCACAAACUACAGAUGGACAGCAGAUACUUGUUCCAAGCAACCAAGUUGUUGUACAAGCUGCUUCUGGAGAUGUACAGACUUACCAGAUCCGCACAGCACCCACCAGCACUAUUGCACCAGGAGUGGUUAUGGCCUCAUCUCCAGCUCUCCCUGCUCAACCUGCCGAGGAGGCUGCACGAAAAAGAGAAGUGAGGCUUAUGAAAAACAGGGAGGCAGCACGAGAAUGCCGCAGAAAGAAGAAAGAAUAUGUGAAGUGUCUAGAAAACAGGGUGGCAGUACUUGAAAAUCAGAACAAGACACUGAUAGAAGAACUAAAAGCACUUAAAGACCUUUACUGCCACAAAUCUGAUUAGCAGGAAUAAUUGAUUUUUUUUCUUAUUUUCACUGCAUCUGGUGAUACAGACUGAUUUGACCACAGCUAGGCAAACAUUAUUAUUUUUUAUUAUUAUUUUUGUAAACAUUUAUUUUUUAAAAAAAUUCCUCUUCAUUAUACACAAAACUUCCUGACCACAACAACAGAAUUUUGCUCUUUCUUGCUUUUUGCAUUAAACUGUGAAAAUUUCUAACGCCUCCCACACUAAGUAAAUGACGUCGCUGGCUUUCAGGACCCUUAAGAUUAUCAAGAGGAAAAGACUUUAUUUUAUUUUUUUGUACCAGUUUUGUUCGAUACCCCAUGCUGUUCUUACUAUGUUUGCUAAGCACUGUUUGUGCAGGAAGGGCUUGUAUACAAUGCAUUUCAGGCCACUUGACUUGGCUGUGUAUAAUUAUACUGUAGAGUGCGGACUGUUGAGUGAAAAAAGGACCUCUUUUAUCUCCCAUGUUGCAUCCAUCACUUAUACUCUUGUAUUUGUGAGUAUACAUCAUCUGUAACAUUGAGUUGGUAUGAAGAAAUGGUAAGCUUGAUAAACUACCAAACCUGAUUAACCAUACUUUAUGUCUGUUAAAAAUCCACAAGUGGAGAAAAGGAGCUUUUAUAGCCUUCUCUUUCAAAUGGAGGAGUCUUCAUGUUUUGUUCUUUUGGCUCGAAUCGCGAUCAUAUCAUCCCAGUGGGAGGAAUACCUUCUAAGCACAUUUAGGUACAAUUAACAAAGUUCUGAGACUGGAAAACUGAAAAAAAACACUCCUCUUUAAACCUAUGAAACAAGCUAAAUUUUUGUAAAAUUUGGCAUACAAGUUUCUACAAAACCAAACAAUUUCUGAGAGCAGAAAAGAAAAACAACUGUGUGAUUUUAAACGUGUGCAAUUCUUCUUUAUGUACUUUUUCUUUAAACACAAAUCCCUAUCACCAGCAACCCACCAUAAAAAUAUUUGAUGGA